AUGGCGGAUCCUGCCCCUGAUUCCGCUGUUGCUACUUCAGCUCAGUCUGCUGCUGCUGCAGCUGAUUCAAGCGUGACGACACAUACGCCUCUCCACUGCCGUUGGACGCUGUGGUAUGACAAUCCACGCUUUGCGCCUGCUGGUACCCUUUGGAAGGACAAUCUCAAGAGAUGUGGUUCCUUUCAGAGUGUGGAAGCUUUCUGGAGGUGCUACAACAAUCUGAAACCUCCAUCUCAAUUAUCUCUCAAUUCCAAUUAUCACAUUUUUCGGGAAGGUAUCUUGCCCACUUGGGAAGAUCCUACCAAUAUUGACGGCGGGAAAUUUGUCUAUACCAUGCAAAAGAAAAUCUCCAAAACGGGUGUCUGUGACGAAUCCUGGAUGUUUACAGUACUGGCUGUAAUUGGUGAAACUCUGGAUUUGGAUGGGGAUCAAGUGGUGGGCGCGGUGGUGUCCAUUCGAAAGUCACAGGAUCGAAUUGCCCUAUGGAUCAAGAGUAGUGACAAGCACAUUUGUCGGAAUAUUGGCUUGAGAUGGAAAAAGGCACUGGAUAUUCACAAGGUCAAUCUCAAAUUUCAAGUUCACAGAGAUGUUUUCAGUGUGAGAUUACGCGAGGAUGAAUGGUACUGCCUCGCAAGACAGGUACCAUGGCGGCAUUAUGCUACAAUUCGAUCGAAGCAAGCUUUCCAGGUCAUAUUAUACUGA